CCACGGCGCUCUUUCCUGUGAGUCACCGCCCCCUGGCGCUGGACCAGUACCGGUCUGGGGGCGGGGCUUGGGCGCCGGCUCUCGACCAAUCGGAGGCUCCUUCGAGCUCUUCCUUUGGAGCUCGGAGCAGGAGGUAAGGAGUGCGAGUGUGAAGAACGCAGUCAGGUUCGCACGCAAUUGGGACGGAAUGGCGACCAGGACGGCGGCGGCUGCGGGAGAUGGCCCGGGAGAGGACUCGCGGCUGGACCAGGCGGCCGCCCAGUGGCUUCGGUGGGACAAGAAUCCUAAAACUUUAGAAAUGGUGAAACAAAUGAUUGCUGAUAAUAAUAGAGAAGAACUACAGAAAUGUUUUGGUUCUCGAAUGGAGUUUGGAACAGCUGGCCUGCGAGCUGCGAUGGGACCAGGAAUUGCGCAGAUGAAUGACUUAACUAUUAUUCAGACUACUCAGGGAUUGUGCAGAUAUCUGGAAAAAACCUUCAGUGAUCUAAAGAAAAGAGGUGUCGUGAUUAGCUUUGAUGCUCGAGCUCACCCAUCCAGUGGAGGUAGCAGCAAAAGGUUUGCACAGCUAGCUGCAACAGCUUUUAUCAGUCAGGGAAUUCCUGUGUAUCUCUUUUCUAAUAUAACACCAACUCCCUUUGUGCCCUAUACCGUUUCGCAUCUGAAUCUUUGUGCGGGAAUCAUGGUCACAGCCUCCCAUAAUCCAAAGCAGGAUAAUGGUUACAAGGUCUAUUGGGAUAAUGGAGCUCAGAUCAUUUCUCCUCAUGACAAAGGAAUUUCUCAAGCUAUUGAAGAAAAUCAGGAACCAUGGGCUAAAGCAUGGGAUGACAGUAUAAUUAAUAACAGCCCACUUCUUCAUGAUCCAUAUGAUACAAUCAAUAAUGAUUACUUCGAAGACUUAAAGAAAUACUGCUUUCAUAGUGAUGUCAACAAAUCGUCAGCACUGAAAUUUGUCCAUACUUCUGUUCAUGGAGUAGGCCAUGCUUUUGUACAGUCUGCUUUCAAGGCAUUUGAUUUUGUUCCUCCUGAUGCUGUUCCUGAACAGAAAGCUCCUGACCCAGAGUUUCCAACGGUGAAAUAUCCAAAUCCUGAAGAGGGUAAAGGUGUCUUGACAUUAUCAUUUGCUUUGGCUGAGAAAACACAGGCUAAAAUUAUUUUAGCAAAUGAUCCAGAUGCUGAUCGACUUGCAGUAGCAGAAAGGCAAGAAAAUGGUGAAUGGAAAGUGUUUUCUGGAAAUGAGUUGGGGGCUCUUUUAGGUUGGUGGCGCUUUACCAGUUGGAAGGAAAAGAAUCAAGAUCGAAAUGCUCUUAAAGACCUGUAUAUGUUAUCCAGCACAGUUUCUUCAAAGAUCCUGAGGGCCAUUGCCUUAAAGGAAGGUUUUCAUUUUGAGGAAACAUUAACUGGCUUUAAGUGGAUGGGAAAUCGAGCCAAACAACUAAUAGACCAGGGGAAAAAUGUUCUGUUUGCAUUUGAAGAAGCUAUAGGAUAUAUGUGCUGUCCUUUUGUUUUGGACAAAGAUGGCGUCAGCGCUGCUGUUAUAAGUGCAGAAUUGGCAUGUUUUCUAGCAACUAAGAAUUUGUCUUUGGCACAGCAACUGAAAGCCAUCUAUGUUGAAUAUGGCUAUCAUAUUACCAAGGCUUCAUAUUUUAUUUGCCACGACCAAAAUAUCAUCAAAAAUUUAUUUGAAAACCUUAGAAAUUAUGAUGGAAAGAGCACUUAUCCAAAGACUUGUGGCAAAUUUGAAGUUUCUGGAGUUAGGGAUCUUACCACGGGCUAUGAUAGCAGCCAACCUGACAAAAAAGCUAUUCUUCCUACAAGUAAAAGCAGCCAAAUGAUUACUUUUACUUUUGUAAAUGGAGGAGUGGCAACAAUGAGGACCAGUGGAACAGAGCCCAAAAUCAAGUAUUAUGCUGAACUCUGUGUGCCGCCUGGAAACAGUGACCAUGAACAACUAAAGAAAGAACUAAAUGAUCUUGUCAGUGCCAUUGAAGAAUACUUCUUUCAGCCAGAAAAAAAUAAGUUACAACCUAAGUCAGAGUAAAAUAUCAUUACACUGUUCAGUUAUACUUAACUUGCAGUAAUGUUGAACUUAUAAAGCAGUAUUUUUCGAGACCAAAUAAUGCAAAAUGUGACUAAGAUGUUUACAUUUUUGCAGAUAGAUACAUUUCUUAUUGUCUCCAGUUUGAUGUUUUCUAUAAACCACCAGAUAUAAUAAAACAUUAGUCUUUACAACAUUUUGAAAUGUGGUAUUGUCAGAACUAAAUGUAAAGUUCUUUCUAUGUGCUUCAGGUGAUAUUGCAGUUUAAAUGCCUUAAUUUGCAUAAAUGACUGAUUUCUUUGUGAUAUUGGCUUUCUCUUUUCUCUCCCUCUACCCCUCAACCCUAUUUAAUAGAAAAUAGCCAAAAGUAUAGUUGUUUACAUUUUUGAAAAAGGGCAGCUCCUGCCUAUUGUGUAGGAUGGCAAACUUUAGUUACUGUGUAUAUUUAGGCUUACAUAAUACUACUUAAAAUAUGAAAGGAAAGAACAAAAUAAGUGUUUUAUUUACAGUUAGGAGAACAUACCGAAAUGAGGCCAAAGCUGAGUGCAUUCUUCAAAGAAAAGUGCUUGAAAAGUAGUGAUUAACUAUCUUUGUUUCAAAAACACAAUUGUAUAGGUUCAGAAAAACAUAUCAACAUUUUUUUGUUCUUUUCAAAUAAAAUACACUUUGUUUACUGUU